CAUGCGCAAAUUCUUUUCCAUACGGAGGGUUCAGUAAGCCUUUCUGCUAUUGGUUAACUGGGUGGUGUGUAAGCGUAGUGACGGAAGGGGGGCAAAUGGCGGAGGGAUGUUCCCCGGCCCUGUUUAAAUAAUAACAGCCGGAGGCCGCCCGGGGGAUUUGCGGAUACCUUUCGUUUUCGUCCAGAAAGCUGUUUGAGCCAGAGGCCCCGGGGAGAAGAGCGAGAGAAAGCUAUUUGGUUUUACUGGAACGUCAGCCGCUGAGGAGGGAAAAGUAGAGGCCGUGCUUUGGGAAGUCGAGGGAUAAGACCGUAGAAUAUGAAACAGGCUUCAAAAUGACAUCAAGAUUUGGGAAAACAUAUAGCCGCAAAGCUGGAAAUAGCAACUCCAAGUUUGAUGAAGUAUUUUCUAAUAAACGAACCACUCUUAGUACAAAAUGGGGAGAGACCACCUUUAUGGCAAAGCUUGGGCAGAAGAGACCAAACCAUAAGCAGGAUGUUAAAGAUACUCCUAAGAAACCCAAAGUUGAUGAUGAUCUCACAGAAGAUCCAUUUGGAUUUGAUAGUGAUGAGGAUUCAAUCCCAGUAUCAUCAAAAAAUGUCCCACAGCCCAAGAACAGCAUUCAACAGCCUUUGGAGCAUCUUGCAAGUUCAGACAACUUUACAUCCAUAAUAGAAGAAAAUAAUAAAGCUAAUCAGCCAAUCACUGCAGAAACCACAGUGUCAUGCAAAUUCAUUUCUUUUGAUAGUGCAUUGCAUGGACUCAGAGAAAAGAAUACAAAUAAAAUAGAGGAUGGGAAGAGAAAACACAGUUCUCCUAAGAAAAAAAACAUUACAGGAAAUGUGCAGAAUUUUGCUGAAGACAGUUACAGUUUUCCAAAGAGAUCCAAUAAUGGUGACAAGAAACCUGUAGAAGAAACAUUUACAGACACUUUGUGGGACUUGGGAAAUGAAUCGGGAUCAAAUUCGCCAUCAAAAUCCGAACAGAUAAAAGAGACCUCAACAGCGAUACUUUACGAGUGGGAAGAACUAAAUCAAGAAAAUACAGACAUUUCUGAGCUAGAAUUGAAUUCUGAUGUAAAUAGUCUUUUAGAAACCAAGGAUGAUGAUAGUCCCAGCAAUAAGGAAAUAAAUGAUAACGUAGAGGAACAUAUAAGUGGAGAGACAGUUCAAAGUGGACUUAAGCUUAGUAAUUGCAGGACAUACUGUCGGUCUAACAAGGCAAAGCAGUCACAGGGGUCAUCCAAUUUUGAUAAGCUUUUAGAUGGCACAAGCCAACCAGCAACAAAAUCCAGUUAUGCAUCAGAAAAAGAAAGGUCACACCCUGUGGAUAAAAGUUUUAGCACUGGGUCUAGAUCUACAGUUCGGACUAGAGACUAUACUGUUCUUCACCCAUCUUGUUUAUCUGUUUGUAAUGUUACCAUACAAGAUAGCAUGGAGCGUGGCGUAGAUGAGUUUACUGCCACACCAACCACAGAUCUAGGAGAAGCAGGGCGCCUCCGAAAGAAAGCAGAUCUGGCAACAACAAAAACAACAACAAGAUUCCGUCCUGGAAAUCCUAAAUCAAAAAAAGAUGCCAAAUUGGAGUUUUUUGGCUUUGAUGACCAAGAUGAAGGAGGCUCUGAGGAAGGUGGCUCAAAAUCUUUGGGGCAGUCAAACUAUAGAAUCAAAUAUUUUGGCUUUGAUGACUUAAGUGAAAGUGAAGAGGAAGAUGAUGAUUGCUGGCAUCAAAAGGAAAAAAAAGUUAAAAAUAAAACAAAAAGUGCAGUGGUCCCAUCAGCAACUAAUUCUCCCAGCUCAGGUGUCACUGAAAACUUAAAGGACAAUCAGUCCAGUAAUAUUUCAGAGUUUUCAGAAGAUCAGCAUGCUGUGCCUGAAGUCUUCAGAAAGCCUCCAAGUAAACAAACGGAUAAAAGCAAAGAUGGUGCACGAAAGAUUUUCAGUGGACCUAAAAGGUCUCCAACAAAAGCCGUGUAUAAUGCAAGACACUGGAAUCAACCAGAGUCAGAGGAGCUUCCAGCUGUUCCAGCUUUCAAAACUCAGACUGCACCUGCAAAGCCAUCAGAUGCACCAUGCGCAAAAGAUGACGGGGUAUUUAAGGCUCCAGCACCUCCUCCUAAAGUGAUAAAAACUGUUACAAUUCCCACACAACCAUAUCAGGAUAUUGUGACAGCACUAAAAUGCAGAAAGGAGCACAAGGAAUUAUAUACUGUAGUUCAGCAUGUAAAGCACUUCAACGAUGUUGUAGAAUUUGGAGAGAAUCAAGAAUUCACUGAUGAUAUUGAAUAUCUGCUAAGUGGGCUUAAAAGCAGUCAGCCCAUAAACACACGUUGCCUUAGUGUAAUAAGCCUGGCGACAAAAUGUGCCAUGCCAAGUUUCCGAAUGCAUCUGAGAGCGCAUGGAAUGGUAGCCAUGGUCUUCAAAACACUGGAUGAUAGUCAGCAACACCAGAAUCUAGCACUUUGCACUGCUGCACUGAUGUAUAUACUGAGCAGGGAUCGCUUAAACAUGGACCUAGAUAGGGCGAGCUUGGAUCUUAUGAUCCGACUUUUAGAAAUGGAACAAGACCCCUCAGCCAGACAAAUGAAUGAGAAAGAAAUGAACAAAAUCAAAGAGAAGAUACGCAAACUGUGUGAAACUGUCCACAACAAACAUUUAGAUUUGGAAAACAUUACGACUGGACACUUGGCAAUGGAAACAUUACUAUCUCUUACGUCAAAACGAGCAGGAGACUGGUUUAAAGAGGAGUUAAGACUUCUAGGUGGUCUUGAUCAUAUUGUGGAUAAAGUUAAAGAAUGUGCUAAUCACCUUGACCGUGAUGAAAGUGAAGAAAAAUUAGUUGCUUCUUUGUGGGGAGCAGAACGAUGUUUACGGGUCUUAGAGAGCGUAACUGUGCAUAACCCAGAGAAUCAGAGUUAUUUAAUAGCUUACAAAGAUUCACAACUCAUUGUGUCUUCAGCAAAAGCACUGCGUCACUGUGAGGAGUUGAUUCAGCGUUACAACCGAGCUGAAGACAGCAUCUGCAUUCCCUACAGCAAAUCUCUCCCUCACCAUAAUGUGUCUAGUCAUGUAGGCAAAGCUGUGGAGGACUGCAUGAGGUCAAUUAUUGGAGUCUUGCUUAAUUUAACUAAUGAUAAUGAAUGGGGCAGCACAAAAACUGGUGAACAAGACAAUCUGAUAAGCACUGCACUAAACUGUGUUCUUCAGGUUCCAAAGUUUCUACCUCAAGAACAGCGAUUUGAUAUUCGUGUUUUGGGCUUAGGUCUGCUGAUUAAUCUAGUAGAGUACAGUGCUCGUAAUAGGCACUGUCUUGUCAACAUGCAAACAACUCCGUCUUAUGAUUCCUUUUGUGGAGAAGGGGAGGAGCCUGUAAGAAUUCCAGGGCAAGUUGAUGCUGUCCAAGCCAUGGUGCUGCUUUUCUUGGAGCGUGAGCGGGCAGCCCAAUUAGCAGAAAGUCAGACAGAUGAGUUGAUCAAAGAAGUUCCAACAGCACAACAUGACAAGAGUGGAGAAUGGCAGGAAACUGGAGGGGAGAUCCAGUGGGUUUCUGCAGAGAAGAGCCCAAAUUCAGAAGAACCAGAAAAGAAAGAAGAGGAGGAUGAGGAACUUGAUCUUAAUAAAGCUCUUCAGCAUGCAGGGAAGCACAUGGAAGAUUGUAUUGUCGCUUCUUAUACGGCUUUACUUCUGGGAUGUCUUUGUCAGGAGAGCCCGAUCAAUGUGACUACUGUACGGGAUAAUUUACCUGAUGGAGACUUUUCAAUAAUGACAGAAAUGCUAAAGAAGUUUCUUAGUUUUAUGAAUCUUACAUGUGCUGUUGGAACAACGGGGCAGAAGUCUAUCUCUAGAGUUAUUGAGUAUUUGGAGCACUGCUAAGUGUCGUAACUUCCAACUGCAAGCCCAUGUUUAUGCUGGAUUUAUCCCUCUAAAAAGGAAGAAGUCAUGAAACAAGUCCCUAAAGAUGCACUGAUAUUAUUAAUCUGUGCUACUUUAUCUUAAAGACUGACAUGACUCCACACCUAUUUCUCAUACUGACCUGCUGACUGCUGUAACUCUCAGAAUGAAGAACAGAGGUGCUGCAGAGAGUUCAUUAGAAAUCAGGCAGUUUGUGCAUUGCAGUAUUUGGUUUGUUUUGAGUACAGUAACAGGGUUCAUUAUUUCUUUGGGAAGGGUUGAGUCAGGGCCAGUUAAGAAAAAUAGAAAAAUGCCGAUUAAAAAAAAAAAAUGCUGCUGAUAGUGCAACUGCUGAUUACUGUUGAAAUACUGCAUUCUAUUACCAGCCAGGUACAAAAGCCACUCAGCUGGUAUGAGUCCAAAUAGUUGUGUCGCAUAGUACUGGACAGCUACCUGCUUUUGUUUUUGGUCUUAAUUUCUGUCUUUGGAGUAGCUUUCAUUAAGGAAUUCUUCCAAAAUCCUGUAAAAACAAACACAAUGUUUAGGUUUGUUUGCUUUAAGAUAUUAGGCUGUUUUUUACUAGUAGCUUCCAAUCAUAACUAAACUUGCUGUUUUCCUCUUUUAUGUCUAUUCUGUACAUGCAUUAUUUUUCUAUAAUUUAAGAUUUUUUUUGUGUUGAUGGCUCUAACUGAUGUAAUUAUGUUGUUAAUCUUUCUGCACCGUGCUGAAUAACCUUAAAUGGCCAGAAAUACCAUCUUCCAAGUAUAAAAUCAUUAGGACAUGUCUGUUUACAACAAAAGCUCAAUUGUAAAUUACCUACCCAGUUAGUUAAUAAGGAUCUAUUUUUAUAUUUUUCAGUAGUCCAUCUCAGGUGUCAUCUUGGACUUCCUUAAAUAAGUAGGGAGAUGCCAAUACUAUAAUCAGACUUUUUAAGUCAGUUUUCCUCUUGUGUGGGAUUGGCACUAUUUGCAGUACUUCUCUUUCAAGCAGCAAAAAUAUUGUGUGUUUGUCCCUGGCAGAACUGGAAAAUUGUUGCAGUACAAAGCAGAUCUGAUAAAGUAGGGGAUGGCUGGUUAGUGCUUAAAAAAUUGCAGUUUUUAAAUUACAGUGAGGUCCAGAUUUGGGACUGUCUACGUGAUGAACUUCAAUGUUAAACAUUUAGAGUUGGUUUUUCCUCCACCUCACUGUCUAGGGUCUAUUUUAAGAGAAACCAGUAUUUUAAUAGACAUUUGGGACUAAUACCCAAAUUUGAAAGAAUAUUUUAGCAAAAGCUUAAGGUUAUUUUUUUCUCUUUAUAUUUCUUCCUUUGUGCACCAGAAACAUGACAGUUAGCGUGUGGCUAUUUAAAGUUAAAGCAAAGUAAUUUAAAAGCCAUAUAAAGGCAGGAGAAACAGUUUGAUUCUCUGCUUAAAUUAAGAGGUUUUAGUGGGUAAAUAAAGUCCAAGUACCCCUUUCAUAUAGGCUUUAUCGUGUAAAAAUAGUUCAGAUGUUCUUAGCAAUAUUUAUAUGAAAAUUGUUAAUAAAGGAUAUACACUUUUAAGAAUCAUUUUUAGACCAACUAACCUUGUUUUUGCACUCGGACCCAUAAUUGUAAUCGUUACAAUUUUGGCGCAUAGGAGACGUUUAUGAGGGUUGUGUACAUUCUUCACUGGGUGAAUAUGAGAAAGUACAAUUAAUUUUUUCCAAAGAGUGGCUAUAUCUGUAUGUCACAAACUUAUUUUGUACAUAACUUUGUUGAACAUUAAAUUUAGCAUUUUGUUUAUCCUUGAUCAGGAUUUUUAAUUGGAUUCAAUUAUAAGGCUGGUAGGUAGUUAAUACAUUUUCCGUUACCAGUGACUGAACCAUCAGGUUGACCAUUUAAAGUUAAAACAAUUGAGACCAAUGGUACCUCUUUAAAACCUUAUGCUGGUGUUGCGAUAAUUUAAACAUUUAGUUUUAAAGACACAAUUUAAGGCACAGCUGUUUUACUUAUUUUAUGUAGUCCUACGGAUUUUUCAAGUAGAAUUGAUAUGCCUGUAGUAUUUCUAACAUUUUGUCAUUAGUCAAUACCGAAGGCAGUACAUCCCAGUGUACAAUAUUCUUCUGUAAUCACAGGCCAUUAAAGCUGAAGGUAUUGCACCUAUCUUAAACAAGGAAAAACUAAAUAAAAAUGCUUUCCUUUUUGUAGUUAACAAUUUCCUUAUUAUUUUAAGGGUGUGGGUUGCAUUGUAUUUUGCCUCUUGGAUUAUAAAUAUGCUGUUACUGGCUAUAUAGUUGGAUCAUCCCACAUGCAACAAGAGAACUCUUUAAUGCUUAAGGGUAUUCUUUAUGCUAAAAUUGUAGGUUUUCUUGUUGGGAACGUAAUUGUUUUUCAGUCCUGACUUGUUAACAAACACAGUCUAUUUAUUGGCUCACUAAGAUGCAAAACCCUUAAAAUAAACUUUGCCUUUAAGAAAACUUUUAGUAUGGCUUAGACCUAUCUUAAGCUUCUUUUUAAUUAAUCUUCAUUUUUGCAUAUUAUUAGCCUUAUUCAAGUCUGCAACUGAAAAUGGCGUUGGGGGUCAUUGAUCUUAAUUAUCAAAGUAUAGGCCAAUAGUAAGGCUUCAGUAUUAUCUUUAUUCAUAUUUUAUUAUUUAUUUUGGCCUACUACUAUUCAUAUUCCAUUAUGACUUCCUCCCUGCUGCUUGUUUACUGGGGUAAAUGAAUGCUUACAAUCAUAUAACACUUAAAGGCGAUUGCAUGUACUGCUUGUAAACCGAAAAAGAAGCAUAUUUGCAAUAUACUUCAACUAGAAAUUUUGUACCGUUACAUUAAAAUAACAGAUUCUGUGCAGCUGAAUUUACUGUUCGUAUCCUCUCCCUCCUGAAGCUGUUCACGGCCGCCGGCCUGAAACGAACAGUGCUGUUCUGCAUUCCGAAGGGCAGGGAAGCACAGCAGGGUUGUUUCAUUAGUUUAUUUAUCGUUGAGGCUAAUCUCAGUGAGAAACAACCCUGCUGUGCUUCCCUGCCCGCAGAGCAACGCUGUUCGUUUCUGGCCGGCCGUGAACAACUUCAGAAGUAAGAGAAGAUGAAUAGGGAAUUCAGCUGCACAGAAUUGGUUAUUUUAAAGCAACUGAACAGAAUUUCUAAUUGAAGUACUUUGCAAAUAUGCUUCUUUUUAGGUAUACAAGCAGUAUAUGCAAUAUUGUUUUUUUUGCCAUCCCCAUUAAAGUUACAAGCCCAACAACUUUGCAAUAAAUACAUACUUUAAAAAAAAAAAAAAAAAAAAAAAGACCUAAUGAGAAUUUUCUUAAAAUACCACUGUCUACAUAAAACUAAAAGUUAAUUUAAAGGUGAAUUACUCUUUCAAUGCAACCUAAAACUAUUGCCUAGGUACCUAAACAAUUGAUUUUUAUUAUACUGCAUCUUGUUAGAUACUGUUUAAGCCUAGACUAAAAGGAAGCAUGUCAUGUGCCAUCUACAUGUUGCAAAAAGUAUAAAUGCUUGCCAGCAUUAAGAUUCUUGUUAUCAGUGCAAUAGUUUGUAUCCCAACACACUUUUUUUAUUGCUUUCUUAAAGGUGGUUGUCAAUAUCCCUUUUUAAUUAUAGCCAGGUGCACUUUCCACGAUGUCAGCUAUGUUGCAUGGGUUCUCUGUGUACAUGCCCUCCAGCCCUUUUGACUAAAUCAAGCUGGGUAACUUUGCCGCAAUACAGUGUAACGUAGCUAAUUACUUACCGGCUCCAACAAUUAGACAGGGACAUUCUAGGCAAUACUUUUGGCCAUUCAGAAGAAUCUAAAAUUGUAAGGCUUAAUGUGGACUAAUAGUGACAGUUUUGUCAUUUGUUUUUCUCUUUCAAGUAUAAAUAUCCAUUAUCCUGUUUCUUUAAUAUUUUCUUUUUGUACUUGUAAUUUAAUACUAAACCCAAAUAUUUAAAGUGCAUGAUCAAAUCUACCCAGCUAAUAGCAGUUCAACCUUAGAGAAUUUUUAUUUAUCUAAUAUUUAGCAUUUCCCAAAAUCAUUCUGUGAUUGUUAGUGUACAAUUAUCCUCUUGACAGGGGCCACUUUCAAAAGUUAUUGGUGGCAUGGAGAAAACCAAAGGGACUGAAAAUAUGCAUUCUACACCUACUUAAAUUCAAGUAAUGGGUGACAAGUUCCCACAUUUUUGGAUUUGGUGAAGUGCAAAAUCCACCACAAAGAUUUUGACAAAAAAACAUAUCUUGGUUCUAAUGUAGUAAUUUUAGCAUGUUUUUCUAUAUGAUCCAAAGUUAAUUUUUAAUCAGAAAUAUGAAUUUCCUUUAUUCAGUGCUUUAGUAUUCAAGGGUUUGACCAAAAUGCUUAACAAAAAUAUUCAGAAAUGAGCCAAGCACCAAAAAUAAAUUUAUAUGAAAUAAAUUGCUUUCAUCCUGGGGUUCUCAGUUAUGACUUUAUGUACUCUUUUUAAUUGGUUAGUACUAAAGUAUACUCAAACUGAAUCCUGGUUUCAGAGCAGCCCUCUUAGAAUUAAAAAAGACAAAAAACCCUUGCCAUACACCCUGCUACACUGUUAUUGUGUGCAUAUAUUUUGCUAAAUCUACAGGCAAGGGUUAAUUUUGGCAGGAAACAUUCCUUCUCUGCAAAUCUGCAUUUAUACCUAUGAUUGGGGAGUCAUAUUGCAUGGCUUAUUGGCCCUAAAUCCUCCACAGACAGUACCUUGUCCAUCCUUAGCAUUUCAUACUUCUACAAAACUUUCCUUGAAACAGACUGAUGCAGUGUGGCAGCUCUAACACAUAUGUAUAAAUACAAGGAUGCAGAUAGCUGGUAUUCAGUGCACGCUAUUAGUUUUGCCCUUGUGCUUCACUGAGGGAAGGUAAUUGGUAAUAAAACUUGUGUGUAGAUAUAUAUUAGCAAGUUUUUAUUUUUAAUAAACAAACCAGGGCAGUACAGUAGUGCCCUUUUAAGAAAACUUUGAGUUGCCAAUUCAUACACUCUUUGCUAAAGUGGUGGCCAACUUGCUCUUGCAUGUCCUCUACAAUUCCCUUUCCUAUUGUUAACUGGUGGCGAAAUGCUCUUAUAACUGCUGGGCUGAGUGGAAAAUCCAGGUGGUCAAGGGCCCUAGGCAAACUGUACAGGCAGUUUCCAUCUGUUCUGCAGGGAACCCUGUGUGAUCCAAUAGUUUGUUCAAGGGCAAAGGUAAAAAAAAAAAGAUAAAAUCAACUUUAUUUGGCCUGCCAACUUUAUUAUGGCCAAUCCUAUAAAAUAAAAGUAUAUCAUUUUUUUUAUUUAUUUGGUUUGCCCCAAUAGUGAUUCAUAAGUGCAACUGGGGUAUCAAAACCAUAUUUUCCUGAAAUAUUAGGUGACAUAAUAAAGUACAUAUGUAAAACAUGUAGUGAACAAAGAAGGUUCUGAUACUAAAGCAGUUCUCAGUUUUCUGAAUUGCUUUGAUAAUUAAAAGAAUAGUGAGGCUGUUGAGGACCAAUAUGUAUAAAUACUCCUAUUUAGAUUUGAAAUGCUAGUUGUCAAUGUAAGGUGUUCCUCUGCAACUGCAGCUUUAUUUCACUAUAGGAUUCCAAAAUUUUACUCAAAAUAUUUGUUUCAUAGACAAUGGUAAAUUCUGUACGUAAGAUAUCAAUUUUUUUUUUAUUAUUCUUCUGCAACCUAGGCAAACAGGAAGAGAAUUCAACCCCCCGCACUUUUUAGGACAGUGGGUGGAGAUAUGAUUAAAAUUUCUGUAAUUGGCACCCUGAGUAGCUGGAAACUUACUGCACUGGUGUUAAGCAGUUCUUCAUAUGCAUUACACCAGUUUCAACGCUUGGUUCUUAGUGAUGCCUUCUGGCAUGUAAUUUUCCCAUUUUGGCUGUAAAAUUAUAGUAGCGUUUGUUAUUCUAAGAUUAGUUUUUCUGGGAGAAAAAAAACAAGCUUCCCUUAAUUCUAAAUUUCAGUUUAAAAUAUCUUGAUACUAAUUGUGAUGUAACUAAACAAAAUCUGACCACAUAGAGGUUAACCAGGUCUCACUGUUUGGUCACUUUGACCAUAUUUGUACAUCGCCAAUCUGGAUUUGAGGUGAAAAGGCCAAAAAUAUGCAUUUCUUAAGGGAAUUUUUAUCGUAGGGUGAAAAGGCAAAACAGUUUGUCAAGAUGCAUGGCUGUAUUCAACCCUUUUGUUAAAUUUGUGGUGAACUGUCUACCCCUUUAUAAACAUGCGUCCAACUGGCUAGACUCUUGCUUAAUGAAGCUGUUCUUUUACGUGGUAUUAUGGUCCAUUUACCCCACAGACUAACAGUAAUAUCAUGCUGACCAUAUGUGUGGCAAAAUUGAUCAGUAAAUGGUAAAUUAGUUACAGCGAAAUCAACCUCCAUUAGAUUUUAAUCUAUAUAUUUAAUAUUAACAGGGGUCUAUUCAUGAAAAUAUUUAGUGGCUAAUUUCUAUAGAUAUUUAAAGAUCCAUAUCUAUUUUCUUAUCAGAUACUUAUGGCCCCAGGGGUGUUUUUACUUACCUCUUUUGAUGGCCGCAAAACUUCCUUACCCACCUGUCACCACUUCCUAUAGACGUAUAUGGGAAACACUGCCUGUGGCAAACCUUACAGACCCCCUCCGCUCAGAAUUGCUGACGCGUCUUUCCAUAUGGUAGUUGUUGGGUCUAAUAUAGACAGCAUUUCCUGCACAUCUAUAGGGAGACAAGUGGAUAAAGGUGUUUUGAGCCCAACCAUUUAAAGUCUGAGCACAGUGACGGUCAAUGUGGCCCAUGUGUCAUCACUAUAAUAUACCCCAGUGUCAGUGAUUUGAGUUCUAGCAAACACCAAUAUGAUACAUGUUCUUUUGCUGUGAACAUCAGUAAAAGCACCUUCACAUCUUUUAUCCUACUGACUUGUAUCUUUCCCUGUUAUUUUGCCAUCUUUUUUCUAUGAUUUUGUUGAUAUUUGUAUUUUUGGGUAACUCUUUAAAGGGGAUGUUCACCUUUAUAUUAUCUCUUGCUAUUUUUUAAACUUUUAAGCAUAUUCUCAGUUGGUCUAUUUUGUAUGGUUUUUGAACUGUUGGCAUUCCUAUACUAUCUGUUUUCAGCCUGUAAUUGAAAACCUGGUAUAUUCAGGGUUACUGACCCCCAGCAACCAAAAAAAAAAAAAGCCAAAUCAACUUUGAGGGUACAUGUUAUAUUGUCAUUCUUUAUAUUUAAUUGUUCCUUUUCUUACUCGAAUUGUUACCCAGUUAAAACUACUUCUGGAUUACUGUGCUCUUUAAAGCACUGGGAAACAAUGGGGCUAUCAAUAUACUAGUCUAUUUAAGGGUAAUGGCACAUAUGGUGUUUUCCCUGCCAGUGUAAAAAUGCUAACUUGGGAAACCCUAAUCUGCCCCAUUGUGCAUAAGCAUUGACAGGCAUAGCAUCCACCUGGCAGUGCAAACAUGAGGUGGAUUAGAAAGUGAAAAUGCGAAACUGCUGAUGCCAUACCUGUCAGUGCUUCUGCAAAAUGGCGAGAAACGUGUUUUUCUCUGCUUGCAUUUAUUACACAGGUGGAGUAAAGGCUUUAUGUGCCAUUGCCCUAAACACUCACAAUCAGGUGGCAAUUGAUAUUAAUGCUGUUAUUGACUGCAAAUAAUGAGAAUAACAAAUUUCAAAAAUACGAACAAUUACAAUUUGUCUUAGAAUUCUUCUAUUCAUGAAGUAAAAGUUGAACAACCCCUUUAUUGGAGAACUAAAGUAGAACCACUGGGAGGGUGCCAACUUGUUAUGCAACCGCCAGUGAUACUUGCCAUAUACUUCCUACCCCCAAGUGCACAUGCAUGGUAUUUGCCAGAGUCGCAGCAACAGGUUUUACACUGUUAGGAAUUAAUAGCGUAUGGUAAAUUGAAUGUUUUCAAAUUUGACUAAAGUACUGCAAAUUGGGACCUUUUGUAGUUUGUGUGCUUGUUGGUACCUAGUAACCUUAACUGUCUUUUUUUUGGUUGCUGCCGCCUGCAUUCUGCUUUUCAGUUCAGGAUCUGUAGGUUGCUUCUUUAGCACCUCUGAUGCAGUCUUUACAGAAUGAUUCUUUCAGUCAUUUUAUCUGUAGCACAUUCAUCUGUUGAAAUCCUUUAUCAACAACUUUGCUUUAAGGGUACUUGAAGCCUACUUGCAAGUUAACUAAGAAAACAAAAACUUUUUUCCAUUGUAAAUAUUUCUGUAAAUACAAGCAAUUGGAAAUUAGAAUGGUAUAGUACUUUUCUGAAUCCAAUCCUAUUUUUAUUUUAUACAGUAUUUCUCAGCUGUGAUCUUUGGAGCAAAAGCCAACGGCAGGAAAAAAAAAAUCAAGUUUGUACCAGUUUCAUGAAAUAUGUCUGGGUUUUUUUUGUAAAUAAUUUUAACUCAAAUAAAAUUGCUACUUUCAGUA